AUGCCUCCCGCCGCUGCUGUAUUCGUCGCUCUCGCAGCGGCGGUGGCCGGCGAGCCGUCCUCGCUGUCAUUGCCACCGUGUGCCGAGCCAGUCAGCGAGGAUAGGCUCUCGGCCUUCUACUCGAAGGUGGGGAGGUUCUCGGAGGACGAGCUUGCGCACGCGCUGUGGUACGGCAAGCACCUCGAGCCGAGCGACUGCGCCGCCCUCGCGCAUCUGCUGUGCAGCGGCGGCAUGGGCGCCGGGCUGACGGAGCUUGUCCUCGCGGCAAACGACAUCGGAGACGCGGGCGUCGUCGCCCUUGCGCGGGCGGUGGUGUACGGCAGGUUGCCACGGCUCGCGUCGCUCAACAUCUACAAGACAAAGAUGGGCGACACGGGCAUCAUCUCCCUCGCGGAGGCGGCGGCGGCGCGUCCGUUGCUCGCGCUGGAAAAGCUCGAGCUGAACGCCAACAGCAUAAGCGAUGCCGGCCUCGCGGUCCUCUCGACCGCCCUCGCAGGAGGCGCGAUGCCGAGGCUCGAAGAGCUCAACCUUGCUCUCAACAUGUUCUCGGCGGAUGGCCUGCAGACCCUCGCCUCAGCCGCCGCUGCCUCAGGAGCGCUUUCGAACCUCACCUGGCUCGGCCUCGCAGCCAACCGAUUCGGAGCGAGCGGUGCGGCGACGCUGGCGGGCGCUCUCGCGCAGGAGGCAACGCCGCAGCUGCAGUACCUCGAUCUUGGGACCACCGCCCUCGGGUACGAAGGAAUCGACGCGCUCGCUCCCGCCAUCAUCAGCCCAGGCCUCUCUGCCCUGAGAGAGCUCCACUUCGACUCCAACAACAUCGGAGACUCGGGCGUGCAGGAGUUCGCCGCGUUGACGGGCCAGCCAGGAGCAUUGCCGUCGCUAGAGGUGCUUGUCUUUUCGGCAAAUAACUUGCGUGCCACCGGCCUGGGCGCGCUCGCCAACGCCACUCUCCGCGGAGGGCUGCCUAAGCUGACCCGCCUCUUCUUCUCGGCAAACCGCGUGGGCUACUCGCCCAGCUUUGCGCCGGCGGCCGGUCCGCUGCGGCUGGGAGGACUUCGUAACCUCGUCUUCCUCUCGCUCACCGCGAACAAGAUUGACGACGCGCGGCUGGCCGAGAUCGCCGACUCGAAUCUGAUUGGAGACGAUGGCCUCGUCUCCUUCGCGCGCAGCGUGAGCAACGGUCGCUGCCCUUCUUGCGCGCUCUACCGGCUGCACGUCCUCCACCUCUCCUUCAACUCGAUCACCGACGUUGGCGUGGACGCGCUCGCGGAGGCCAUCCGCGGCGGCGCGCUGCCGUGGCUUCAUCUGCUCGUUGUCGAUCGAGUAACGCCGUCGCUCAAGGAAGUCUGCCGCUUGCGCCCCGACCUGGACUGCUCCGACCCGCUCCCAAUGCCCUGUCGUGACUUGCCGGAGGACAAGCGGGAGGCGUGUGCACAGCACGAGAUCGCCAUCUAUGGCGAGUGCAAGACCUGCGGCUGA